AAGGAAAGUGAUGAGAUGAAUAAUAAAUAAAGACGAGAGAGAGAGAGGAAAAGGAAAGGAAAGGAAGAAAAGUGUCGAGGAUGAGUAGUCGUAGAAGAGUCGGAGAGGAAGAAUACGAUUAUCUGUUCAAGGUAGUACUGAUAGGCGAUUCUGGUGUUGGUAAAUCAAAUCUUCUAUCCCGAUUCACUCGCAAUGAAUUUUGUCUUGAGUCCAAGUCUACUAUUGGCGUUGAAUUCGCUACUCGCACCCUUCAGGUUGAAGGAAGAACUGUGAAAGCUCAGAUAUGGGACACUGCCGGGCAGGAACGCUACAGAGCCAUUACCAGUGCCUACUAUCGCGGUGCCCUCGGUGCUCUUCUUGUCUAUGAUGUAACCAAACCCACUACCUUUGACAAUGUCACUAGAUGGCUAAAGGAACUCAGGGACCAUGCCGAUGCUAACAUUGUUAUCAUGUUAAUUGGCAACAAAACCGAUCUCAAGCAUCUCCGUGCUGUUGCCACUGAGGAUGCCCAGAGCUAUGCUGAAAAGGAAGGCCUUUCUUUCAUUGAGACAUCUGCUCUUGAAGCCACCAACGUCGAGAAGGCUUUUCAGACAACCCUUGGAGAGAUUUACCGCAUAAUCAGCAAGAAGUCCUUGUCUACCGCCAAUGAACCUGCUGCUGCUGCCAAUAUUAAAGAAGGCAAGACCAUCGCCAUUGGGGGAUCCGAAACCACCAAUACAAACAAGCCCUGUUGUACAUCUUGAACUUAACUUCUUCAACCUCGAUGGAGUACAGCUGGAAGGAGAUAUAUUAUUUAUAGUAUAUUCCAUUUUCUUAUUAUAUUUAACGAUCAGUAAUCAGGAUCAGCAUUGCUCACUGUUUAUGUUUUUUAUCAUUCUUUUUAAACUUUGUUUUUCCUUUCUUAUGCUUGAGUUAUGCGUGCUGAGUAAUUAGCCCCACUUUCAAUUCCUACCAAGUUUCUAAAACACUGCUAUGAUUGUUGUUCCUCUUUACCGGGUUCGCCUGCAAUUCAUGAUGCCCGAUUAAUCAAAAAUAUGAAAUCCAUUUGUGUAAAAAA